AUGCAAGUUAAUGUCAAUAUCAAUGCUGAUAUCGAAUUAACUGCCGGCUAUAAAGGCAAAAUUCUGGAGACAUUUUGGUACCGAGGGAAAACUUUAUUAUUUCAGUAUCUUUAUCCUUUCAAUCAAACCAUCUAUCAGCAAUCAACUGAUUCGCGCAUAGAUAUACAGCGUAUUUUUGAUGAAGGUUAUGAAAUAUUGUAUAUUAACAACAGCAAUAUUGGCGAUAAUGGAGUUUAUAUAGCAAGUGUCUGGUUUGAAGGAGCUCCCGCACCAAUUCAAGCAACUGCAUCGGUAAUCGUAGAAGAUUUGCCGACAAUUACUGCUAACCCAAAAGAUAGCAAUGUUACACUAACGAGCAAUGCUACCUUUACUUGUCAAGCAACCGCUGUACCUCCUAUUUCUGACUACAAAUGGUAUUUCAAUAAUACAUUAAUAAUUCCUCUUAGUUCUCAUUAUGUCAUACGAGGAUCAACACUUUACAUUCUAUCAGCAACAUUGGAUGAUAUUGGCAGUUAUUCUUGCAUGGCUAGUAAUGCCCUUGGUCAAGCAACUUCCAAAACGGCAUUUUUGAGAGUUUUGCCUGAGAAAUACGUCGAACUGCAGUCACCUUCCAAUGCAAUUAUGGUUGGAGAUUCUAUAACAGUAUCUGCUACAAUUAUUGGGGAACCUGUAGCAACAACAUGGUAUUUCAAAACUCGACCACUCUUUACCUAUUUAUAUAAAGGUAACAGUAAUACUGGGAUAGCUUUAUCAAAGAACGAGAGGAUUGAUUUUAAGCAGAAAGGAAGCUUAGGAAAUUACCACGAAGAAAUGACGAUUCGGGAUGUUUUAUUAUCGGAUACCGGUGUUUAUUCAAUUCAAGUAUUCUUUGUUAAAGGCGGUUUUACACAACGAUUAUUAAAUUAUCAUUUAACAGUUCAAGGACCUCCAGAAAUCAUAGCCGCUCCACAAAACACGGCGCUGUUUGAUGGAGAAACUGCAAGAUUUUCAUGUGGUGCCUCUGCUAUACCUAUACAAACCACAGUUACUUGGCAUUAUCAAGGCCGCCUAAUUGAUUUUAGGAGCAACCGAUUUUCCAUUUUAUCCAAUAAUAACACAUUGCAAAUCGAAGAUGUUUUACUAACGGAUGCUGGAAUAUAUAGUUGCGUUGUUAAUAAUUCCAUUGGUGCUAGCCCAAAUGUGUCGGCUUGGUUAUUCGUUAACGUCAACAACACGGUGAGAAUAACACCUAGUUACGCUCAAGUCAAUUUUUCACAAAAUAUUCAAGUUACAGUAACUAUCCAAGGAGCUCCAAUGCAAUCAUACUGGUAUUUUCAAGGAAAAUUAUUGUACCAGUAUAUUUUUUCUCCAAUGAUUGAAAUUAAAUCGAUGGCACAUUCCAGAAUGGCAGUUCAAUAUAAUUCGGCAAGUCAAUAUGAAUACAAUCAGUAUUUUUCCAUUAACAAUACUAAUUUCUUGGAUAAUGGAACUUAUACAUUAACUGUAAUGUUUAAUGGUCAGUCAUUAAUGACAGUUUCGAAAUCCUUCCAGCUCUACGUUCAAGGUCCACCUAUUAUAUUGGUAUCACCUCAGAAUCAAACCAUUCGAUAUAGAAAUGGUGUCCAAUUUUGGUGCCUUGCUCGAGCUAUUCCUACUGAUAUUCAAUAUGAUUGGCGAUUUAAUGGCAUACCCGUUAAUUUAUCGGAUCCACGAAUUUCAGUUAGCAUGGAAAACAGUUCCGUAUUAACCAUUGCUAAUGUUAGCCAGUAUGACGCUGGAAGAUAUACCUGUAAACCCAUCAAUUCCAGAGGUGCUGGUCCUCAGGUAGCAGCGAAUCUGGUUGUUUUAUAUUCACCUGAAAUGAUUCAGCUUAACCCUGUACAAAAUAUUAUCACAGUCAAUCAGAGUAAUAACUUAUUGGUAGCAUGUUCAGUUCAAGAUCGCGGUUAUCCACCUGGCAAUGUAACGUGGAAGCAGACCAAUUCAUCUAGCAAUAUCAUUACUGAAGCUUCAAGUUCUGUCCAUCUUAAUUUAAUUGAUAUUGCUAGUUCCGAAAAUGGAAACUCUUAUACUUGUAUCAUUAACAAUGAAAUUGGUGUAUUAUCAAUCCAGUUUUCCUUAGUCGUGCAAGACUCUAAUUUUACCAUCAUUUACCUGUAUGUCAGUGCUAACGAUGGGAUUCCUCUUAACUUCUACGCGUAUUUAGUGGCACCUCGUAUUAAUGGAAUUCAAAAAUCGAUCACUGUCGUUCAAAAUACUGGCGUUAGGAUAUGGUGCAAUACUACUGCUAAUCCACCUGCUACCGUAUCGAUCUCAGCAACAAUAACUGCUAAUGCUAAUCAAAUUAUUAUUGCUCAAGGACGUGGCCUAGCUACGACUAAUAUCGUUCCAACAUCAGCCGAUAAUGGAGCGAUUUAUACAUGUGCAGCUAGUAAUUUAUUAGGUAGUGUUCAAGGAACAACAACUUUGAACAUUUUAUAUCCUCCCAGUGGAAUAUACCUAUCACUGCCUAAUUCAGUCUUAACAGUUCGAGAAAAUACUACUAGUAAUAUUAACUGCACUAUUCGAGAUCGUGGCAAUCCUCCAGCUAAUGCGACUUGGAUUAUCAACAAUCAAGUAGUUUCGACAGGUAGUAAGACAGCCCAAUUACAGUUGUCGAAUAUCAAAUAUAGCUCAAAAUCGAGGGAAUAUAUCUGUCAAGCCAAGAAUCCGUUUAAUACUAUUAAAGAUUCGUUUGCACUGGUAGUUCAAACAUAUCCAAGGAUUGCAGCAUUUCCGAAGACUAUAAAGGCAAUAGCAAAUCAAAAUUUUAAUUUAUCAUGCACUGCAAUUGCUUUUCCAUUACCCAAUGUAAUUAUAUCAUCGCAAGGCAACAAUGGUCCUAUCUUAAAUAGUCAUGGUAUCUCAAGCUCUUCCUUGAUGUUGCAGCCGCUACCUUCAGAGAACGGGAAAAUAUUGACUUGUCAAGCUAGCAAUAUUGUUGGAAGUAUAUCAAGUACAACACAACUAAUAGUUUUAUAUCCACCAAUUUUUACUGGAGUAUUAGGAAAUGGGCCAACUCUGGUUGUUGCCAAUCGAAGUCAAGACAUUACUUUACCUUGUAUUGCUAUGGGCAAUCCUUCUAAUUUGACUUAUAAUUGGAUAAGAAUUACUCCACAAGGUGCUGAAAUGCCUCCUAAUGCAAUCCAGUUUCCUAACGCAACGCUAUUCAUUUCCAAUGCCUCGGUUAGUUAUGAUGGAGUAUAUUCUUGUAGAGCUAAUAAUGAUAUCGGAAUUGCAAGCAGAAAUGUUACAGUUCGAAUCACAGAAUCGCCACAUGUCCUCGUUAACAGUAGCACAUCUACUUCGGCACAAUCAUUUACGAAAGAGAAUACGGUUCUAACAUGUUCAGCAAGUGGUUAUCCUUUGCCUGUCAUUGCAUGGAAAUUAAAUGGACUAUAUCUGCAAGGACAAUCUUCCAUUAAUAGUAGUGUUCCACAAAGUCUCGUAAAUAAUAUACAGAUCCUAAACGAAGUCGCUAACUCUGUCUUAACAAGCACUUUAAAUAUAACAAAUGUUGUUGCAGCGAAUGCUGGCACUUAUACUUGUCAAAUAUCCAAUGGCUUUGGCAGAUUUUCUUAUCAAAUUGCGCUUGUUGUAAAUACUAAAACCAUUCCUCAGCCUCCACACUUAUUAUUCACUACCAAUAUUACCACAUCAGCGAUUGCCUUAUCUUGGCAAGCUGGUGCUAACGGCUUUUUAUCCCAACUAUUUAUGAUUUAUUAUCGAGUUGAAAACCAAGGAGAUUAUCUAUUAGCUGGGAAUACUACAAGCACAAACUAUAUCCUCAGCAAUUUACAGCAUCGCACCACCUAUCAAAUUUAUGUGAUAGCCAGAAAUUCAUUAGGCUACAGCCAACCGAGUAGUACUCUCAUCGUUACAACGUUAACUAAUGACACAUUAUUAUUAGCAAUUAUUGGUGGAGUUAUUGGUGGUGUUCUUGUGCUCCUGUUUGUUUUGAUCAUUAUUCUUUUAAUUAAGCGAAAUGGUAAUGCUAAAAAACUAGCAAAAUAUUCUGUGCAGCAAUCGGAGGCAAAGAAUUUAAAAUGUCGACAAGAAUUAGUCAAGCGACGAGAAUCAAAUUCGAUCAAUGCUCAUUCCAAUCCUAAUUAUGAUAAUUCUACACAGCAACAAUCAUCUCGUAUCAAUGAGGUAGAAGCAGGAAGUAGUAAUAGUAAUAGUAACGGUGCAGCGACUACAGUGGAUGCACCACAAGUUGAAAACGAAACAGAAAUCACUGUAAAUGAUUCACAAGUUGCUAAAGUUAAUCAAAUCGGUAAUGAUCAAGUGGAAACUGUAGCUCAAGAUUCGCAAGUUCAAGUGACAGUUAAUAACAAGGAAAGUGAAGUUAAAUCGGCUAUCACUGCCAGCUUUCAAGCUGAAGUUGGAGCUAAUUGUGCCGAGUUGGAGAUGAUGUUGUAA